AUGAGCACCGCCCGGACCCUCCGCCCGCGCGUCGACUUCGGCGACGACCACGACGCCGGCGGCGCUUUAAGCUGCCUGCCGUGCUGCCGGCCCGACGAGAUCCUGCAUUCGUUGGUAGGCGCGCCCGUGCCGCCGCCCGACGCACGCCAAGCGGUGUCGGCGCACGUGGAGGAGGCGUUCUCAUUGUUCGCGGAGCUCAACGAGUUCGCGGGGGGGCUCCCGCGCCUCCCGUCGGAGGAAAUCGAGGAGUUCCUGUUCGUUGUCGCGCGACGGAGCUACCCCGCCGGCGCCGUCGCGGACGUAGUGACGGAGCUCGAGCCGGACCGGCGCUGCGGGUUGUCGGUGGAGGACUGCCAGAAGCUACUGGACGAGUUGCGAAGGAGGGACUCGGGGAUGCGGGGAAGGUCAACACGUAA